AUGCACAGAAUUUCAGGUUUCACUGAAGAUUGUGAUAAUUUCCGCGAACUCAUUUGGAAUCAUCCAUGUGAGCGCAGAUUGAAAGAGGCCGGUGAUCUACGGCGAAUCAAUGAGCAAACUUUUUCGCUAACUUCAUCGUCGGGUGCAUUUCUUAAUAGUUCACAUAAGCGGACUACAAGAACUCCGUUAUCGGAUCAAAUACGGCAACUUAAAACUCAACUUAGUGGAGACCUCGGCACACGGGAGGUGCUUGGUAAAGCCACUUGCGACUCGGCGCUGAACGAUGUCUGCCUGCGGCACAUCUCCUGCCGACAACUGUGGAGUUUGUUUCGAGCUAGUUGUGGUGUCGAUCAGGACAAUCGCUGUACAAUGUCUGACCGAGAAACGUGCUGGCAAUCUUUUGAAGGUCUUUCAUGGACAGGUCUAGGUAACUGCCAUUGUGACUCGUCCAAUUCGGACUGUCACUGGAUUCGACUGCAUACGAAUUAUAACAAAUGCAUUCAUGAGAUUUCGCGAUCGGGACAGUUCCCACCAGCCAGCGCCCGUCAGAGCCACCCGAGCCAAAGCCAAGCCGUUGCCCCAACAAGACCGCCGCCUGUGACUACUAGGCAGCCGAUUACGACAACAACUACUGCCUUGACUACAAGGAGACCACCCAGGACGGAGAGCCGUUAUCAAAUCACUGCCUAUAGCCAACGGACGACCACUCGCCCGGCGACGACGUCAUGGGAUCGGGGACGACAUCAGCAGAACUAUGCCAGGACCACAAGUGCUUCUCCCAGCUGGCGGCAAACAACACCUGCACCAGGUGUUCAUCAUUCAAAUCAGCAACGACACGUCGCUGCGCAAACGCAGGGCCUGGAAAACUGGGAUAGUAACCCAGUCUUAGCGUCAAUUGAGACAGUAGGAGAAGGAGUCGAAAGGCGAUUAAGAAUUCGUGAAGACACCUGA